CCGCCCCCUGACCUCACUUCCGGCCCGCGGCAAGAUGGCGGCGCCCGGGCCCUGCCACGCAGACUUCCGCCCGGCGCAGAGACCCGGGGCGGUGUGCGGGCCGCGUCGGAGGUGAAGUCGGGACGCGCGUGGUGCGGAGCCGCCGCCCGGGCAAAAUGUCGCAAGGAAACGCUGCGGGCGAGCCGAGCGCCCCGGGAGGCCCCCGCCCCCUCCUCUCUGGGGGCCGGGGGCUUGUUGGGCGGCGGCCGGCGCCUCCCCUCACUCCGGGUCGCCUUCCCUCCAUCCGCUCCAGGGACCUCACCCUCGGGGGAGUCAAGAAGAAAACCUUCACCCCAAAUAUCAUCAGUCGGAAAAUUAAGGAAGAGCCCAAGGAAGAAGUAGCCAUCAAGAAAGAGAAGCGUGACAGGGAUAGAGACCGGCAGCGAGACGGGCAUGGACGGGGCCGAGGCCGCCCAGAAGUGAUCCAGUCCCACUCCAUCUUUGAGCAGGGCCCAGCUGAAAUGAUGAAGAAAAAGGGGAACUGGGAUAAGACAGUGGAUGUAUCAGACAUGGGGCCCUCUCAUAUCAUCAACAUCAAAAAAGAGAAGAGGGAGACAGAUGAAGAAACAAAACAGAUCCUGCGCAUGCUGGAGAAGGAUGAUUUCAUCGAUGACCCUGGGCUGAGGAAUGACACUCGAAACAUGCCUGUGCAGCUGCCGCUGGCUCACUCAGGGUGGCUCUUUAAGGAAGAGAAUGAAGAGCCAGAUGUUAAACCUUGGCUGGCUGGCCCCAAGGAAGAGGACAUGGAGGUGGAUGUACCUGUUGUGAAAGUGAAAGAGGAGCCCCGAGAUGAGGAGGAGGAGGCCAAGAUGAAGGCUCCUCCCAGAACAGCCAGAAAGACCCCGGGCCUCCCAAAGGACAUAUCUGUGGCAGAGUUGCUCAGGGAGCUGAGCCUGACCCAGGAGGAAGAGCUGCUAUUCCUUCAACUGCCAGACACGCUCCCUGGCCAGCCACCUACUCAGGACAUCAAGCCUAUCAAGACAGAGGUGCAGACUGAGGAUGGGCAGAUGGUGGUCAUAAAGCAGGAGAAAGACCGGGAAGCCAGGCUGGCAGAGAAUGCUUGUACCCUGGCUGACUUGACAGAGGGUCAGGUUGGCAAGCUGCUCAUCCGCAAGUCAGGAAAGGUGCAGCUCCUCCUGGGCAAGGUGACUCUAGAUGUGACGAUGGGAACCGCCUGCUCCUUCCUGCAGGAGCUGGUAUCCGUGGGCCUUGGCGACAGUAGGACCGGUGAGAUGACAGUCCUGGGACACAUAAAGCACAAACUUGUAUGUUCCCCUGAUUUUGAGUCCCUCUUGGAUCACAAACACCGGUAAAAUGAGCAGAUGGAGGAUGAUGGUGACUGUGCCCACGGCUGCCUGCUCCAGACGUUUUGUUCUCAAAUCUGUGCGACCCAGAAGGGGCCUGUUUAGCCCACCCACUCCAGCCUUUGGCAGCCAUUGUCCCAGUUUUCCCCACAGGGCCCACAUGGCUUCCUCCCACGGCAGCUGUGAAUGGCACCGUGGCCUUCCCACAGCAUGGAUCCUGCACAUCCUUGCUGCUGGGGGACUUGUCCCUUCUAUUUAUUUUUAUAUUUAUGUCUUAUCUCUUCGAGUGACUGCACCCUCCCCAGGUAGAGAGGGGAGGGUCUAUGGAAAAGUCCAGGCUCCUCCUGUCUUGCUGACUGUCUUGUUCUCAGGGUAGGAAGCGUAAGGACUGCUGCUGCUUUUACUCCUUCCUCUUUCCCAAGAAGCAGUGUUGGAGAGAGAGCUGGGAAUUUUGAGUCUGGGACUCAGUGCUCAAUCCCAGCUCCAUCAGUUACUAGUUGUGUGACCUUGGACAAACUACCUAACCUUUCUCAGCCUCAUUCCUCAUGGGACAAAAAUGAGGACAAUACCUACCUCACAGGGUUGGUGUGAGGAUUAAGUGGAAUGUUGUAGGUGAAAACUCCUUGCACAAGGCCAGAUAAACACAAUGGGCACUCAAUAAAUGUUAGUUUCCCUUCCCUUUGCCUGAGUCUGUUUUCAAACAAAAUAGAGAUUCCAGGAAUCUCUCGAAGACAUGAAUAGAGCUGCUUUGUCCUGACCUCCUGACUGCACUUACAAUCCCCCUGGGCCUGAAGCUCUGAGGAUACAGGUCCAGGCCCUUCCCUGCCCGUCUUCUCCUGAGCACUCUUAGCCAAGUACUGCCUAUUUACUUGGUGAGGUGCUAGCUAUAGUUCUACCAGAGGUGAAGUCAGAGACUGCCCCCCAGCACCGUACACCUGCCUUUGGUGAAACAAGGCCCCAGAACUCCUCCCCUGUCCCUUCCCCACAAGCCAUGCAAUGUCUAGCAGUACUCUUUUGGCUUCCAUUUAAAUAGUUCCCAAAAGAAUCCUGUGAGUACUCAGAAUUAUGACCACACUCAAAUACUGCUGAAAAAACAACCUUGGUAACAUGGCAAUUAAAGAUUUAUUGCAUAACAACUUACUCGACACUUGAGAGAUGACCUCCCAUUUCAAAAGUUUUGAAUUUGAGAGCCCCCCGCCCCCACUUCCUGUCCCGCCAUCACCAGGUCUGCAUCCCAAUCCCAGCUGGCCACUGUGGCCUUUUAGUUCAUGGGUCUAUUACUUUGUUCCUUUUACCAAGUCAUCACACUCUUGAUCCUUUCAGUGUGUCGUUCCUGGAGGAGCAGCUGCUCUUCCCUUAUCCCUUGCCUAUGGGGCUGGGUUUUUUCCCUGGUUCAGUGGCAGGAGGCAUCUUAGAGCUUAGGAAAGGCUGCCUACAGCAGUGUCUGUGGUUGUUCGACGCCAAUGUCACAGCUCCCUUUUCUGUGAGCUUAGCCAACUGCCUCUGGAACAGCGAUGGACCACACAGGCUCCAUAAGAGUACCUCCUCCUGACUUUGAGGUGGCCCCAGAGGUUUGAAUGAAUAUUCCUUCCUUUAGUCUCACUUUUCUGUCCUGUGAAUCUGAUUUUGUUCAUGACAGCUGGGGUAUUCCUGUGCCCAGCCCCUCAAACUGCAUACCUAGCCAGCAGCUAUGAAGAAAGAUUGAACAUUGUCCCUUCUGUAGGUCAGAGCUCAUGGGAGCUCUGUUGGUAGUGUUGUUCUGGUCUCCUAUUGCAAGGGACAGAAGGCUUCUGUGGGAACAUGUAGAAGUUCUGCUUGCUCGAAGGCUGAGCUCUGUUCUCUGGGCUCCCGUGCUGCUUUCAGAAGCUAAAGCACUGCCAGUACACCUCUAUUGCAAUCCUCAGUUUCUCUUCUGUUUCUUUGGUUCAAAAACACUCUUCUGCUUUUCUGGGUCAACUCAGAGUCCCUGCCUUGUUAGCUCUUUGGUCUUUUGCAGUCUUUAGCUUUUUGACUCCCCCGAGAAAGCUUGGGGAAGAACAUGUACUACUUUCACAUUCUCCAUCUCAAGUAUCUUGGGGAUUAACUAUUAAGACCCUGCAUCAGAGUCCCCGUGACCUGUCUGUGUAUCCCUGAUUCACAGAUUGGAUGUCAUCAGUGAAAGUGUGGAAAAAAGAUGAAACAAGUCUGCUUUCUUGACCAAGCCUCUGAAGCAUACAUUUCUACCAACAAAUAAAUGCAAAUAAUGGAAGUAAAAA